CACAGAAGCAGGAGGUCCACGACAGGAUGAACAAGGAUGUCUACUUCGCGCAGCCGAAGACCUACAACUACAGGAUGCGCAGCAACCACUGCCGAUGCGGUACGCAGCUCGAAUGGUAGCAAUGGACAGUGCCACCGGGGAAAUACCGCUCCUUCACUGCUCUAGAGACCUCUUCUGGAAGCUACCUGGUGGUGGAAUCGAAGCAGGCGAGACACCGGAGGAAGCGGUAAUACGAGAGUGCCGGGAAGAGUUAAGAGACCAAAAGCUGUCUUUUUUAUAUUAGAUGGUUCAACUACCUUUCGGAAGGUGGGCGUGGGGCACAACUUAACGUAUUUGACCACCAAUAUGUUGAUGACUUAUGCGCGCUGAUUCUAAUUGAGACCUCGUAUCUGGUAGUAUUGCUUAAAUUUCCUUCUUGUCAUCUUCUCUCAAUGUCCAGGAAGAUCCUCUCUAUUUAAGCACGAAGUACUUUGUUCACCGGAUUUUCAAACUUGUUGUCCUUGUCGGCCUUCCUGUUUCUCCCGACCUAUUUUUUGUUUCUUUUAUUGGGACUUGCACUGGGAGGGCUUUUUUCUAAUGAGCUUGGGUUGUGAAGUCGUGGUGGAGAAGAGCUAUGGAAGUUUCGAAGACAUUCGACAGGCUGAAGAAAACUACAAGAACUUUUUUCGUCAUAAGAGUACAACAACUACUAGUAGUACAGGUUCUUCUAGAUCGACUCUUGUCCUUGUGGCCACUACUGGGGUACCGGUACUACCUGAAAAUGAGGAGGAGUCGACAGCUUGGAGUCCGCGUCAGAAAAUGCCCAAACAGGGGAACGCGACAAAAGGAAGUACACCAUCGCUUUCCGGAAUUUCAACCGCUUCGAGCGAUUACAAUAAUAGUACUGCGACGCCGUUCGUACAAAAUCCAAAGGCAGGAGAAGAUGGAGCUGCGAAGCGAGAAAUUAGUAGCAGCUCUCCGGGAACAAGUCCAUCGCAUUCACAGCAAAGCGCGACAAGAAGUAAUUCGCUCAAUACUACAAUCACGAGAAACAAUCUGGAUGAAGUAGAAGAUUUUCAAGAUGAUGGAGGUAAUCAGAAUUACGUAAUGAGAAAGAAAAACACGAUGCACGUUGUGGGAGCCGCGCCUGAGGAGCCUGAGCACGACGAGGACAUCAGAGACAUCCCUGAUGAUCGAUCAACGUCUAUGCACAUGUUGGCAGCAAAUCAUAAUGCAACAGCAACAGAGGCGAAAGAAGCCCCGGCGCCAUCGGUCCCGCGUGGCAACAAGAAAGUGCCAGUUGCGAACAAGAUGC